UGUCCUUCCAGAGCUCCCUGGAUGCUUCCGGAUUGAGAAGGCUCUGAGCCGUUUCCGCCGCCAUUGCGGAUUUUGGACAGAAGAUCAGUCGUAGCCACUGCUAUCCAUCGAUGCAGUGCAGGAAGCAAACACAGAAGAGGGACAAUUUUGACAUUUUUACUGGUACCAGAUUUAGGGAACACGAUUAACAACACCCUAUAUUAUUUUUAUCGUGUUUUUCUUCGUUUUCGCUGACUGGCUCCGACCUACACGCACAGUGAGGAGGUCGUAGCUAGCGCGGUGCUACUGCCUAGCUAGCCAGCUGUACGGCUAGGAUUUCAGAACCCUGGAGGAGAUCAAGGAAACCACCAUGGCUCAAAUCCUACCUAUCCGCUUCCAGGAGCACCUACAGCUCCAGAACCUGGGAAUCAACCCAGCCAACAUUGGAUUCAGCACUCUUACUAUGGAGUCCGACAAGUUCAUCUGUAUAAGAGAGAAAGUGGGAGAGCAGGCCCAGGUUGUCAUCAUCGAUAUGGCCGACCCCAACAAUCCCAUCCGCAGGCCCAUCUCUGCAGACAGUGCCAUCAUGAACCCUGCCAGCAAAGUUAUUGCCCUUAAAGCGGCAAAAACCCUGCAGAUCUUUAACAUUGAGAUGAAGAGCAAGAUGAAGGCUCACACGAUGACCGAUGACGUGACCUUCUGGAAGUGGAUCUCCCUCAACACCGUUGCCCUGGUCACAGACAAUGCAGUCUACCAUUGGAGCAUGGAGGGUGAUUCUCAGCCAAUCAAAGUCUUUGACCGUCACUCCAGCCUGGCAGGCUGCCAGAUCAUCAACUACCGCACUGAUGCCAAACAGAAGUGGUUGCUGCUUAUUGGCAUUUCAGCACAGCAAAACCGUGUUGUUGGAGCCAUGCAGCUGUACUCAGUGGACAGGAAAGUGUCUCAGCCCAUUGAGGGGCAUGCCGCCGGCUUUGCACAGUUCAAGAUGGAGGGAAACACUGAAGAGUCCACCCUGUUCUGCUUUGCAGUGCGAGGACAGGCAGGAGGAAAGCUGCAUAUCAUUGAAGUAGGGACUCCACCGACUGGGAACCAGCCAUUUCCAAAGAAAGCUGUGGACGUUUUCUUUCCUCCAGAAGCUCAGAAUGACUUCCCUGUUGCCAUGCAGAUCAGUUCCAAGCAAGAUGUAGUCUUUCUCAUCACCAAAUAUGGCUACAUCCACCUCUAUGACCUGGAGACUGGAACUUGUAUCUACAUGAACAGGAUCAGUGGGGAGACCAUUUUUGUCACUGCCCCCCAUGAGCCUACUGCGGGUAUCAUUGGAGUCAACAGGAAAGGACAGGUGUUGUCGGUAUGCGUGGAGGAGGAAAACAUCAUUCCCUAUAUUACCAAUGUGCUCCAGAACCCAGACCUGGCACUCCGCAUGGCUGUCCGCAACAACCUUGCCGGUGCAGAGGAGCUGUUUGCCCGCAAAUUCAACACCCUCUUUGCAGCAGGGAAUUACUCAGAAGCUGCCAAGGUGGCAGCCAAUGCACCCAAGGGUAUCCUGCGGACCCCAGACACCAUCCGUCGGUUCCAGAGUGUUCCAGCCCAGCCAGGCCAGACGUCUCCCUUGCUCCAAUACUUUGGCAUCUUGCUGGACCAAGGCCAACUUAAUAAGUUUGAGUCUCUGGAGCUGUGCAGGCCUGUCCUCCAACAGGGCCGCAAGCAACUGUUAGAGAAAUGGUUGAAAGAGGACAAGCUGGAGUGCUCUGAGGAGCUUGGAGACUUGGUGAAGUCUGUAGAUCCUACUCUUGCCCUCAGUGUCUACCUCAGAGCCAACGUCCCGAAUAAGGUCAUUCAGUGCUUUGCAGAGACUGGACAGUUCCAGAAGAUUGUCCUCUAUGCCAAGAAGGUGGGCUACACUCCAGACUGGAUCUUCUUGCUAAGGAACGUAAUGCGGAUCAGUCCAGAGCAGGGACUUCAGUUCUCCCAGAUGCUGGUACAGGACGAAGAGCCACUUGCUGACAUUACACAGAUUGUUGAUGUGUUCAUGGAGUACAACCUGAUCCAGCAGUGCACAUCCUUCCUACUAGACGCCCUGAAGAAUAACAGACCCACGGAGGGACCACUGCAGACACGCUUGCUGGAAAUGAAUUUGGUGCAUGCACCACAGGUUGCAGACGCAAUCCUGGGCAAUCAGAUGUUCACCCACUAUGACCGUGCUCACGUGGCACAGCUGUGUGAGAAGGCCGGCCUCCUGCAGAGGGCACUGGAGCAUUAUACUGACCUGUAUGAUAUUAAGCGCGCUGUGGUGCACACACAUCUUCUCAACCCAGAGUGGUUGGUGAAUUUCUUUGGUUCCUUGUCAGUGGAGGACUCUCUGGAGUGUCUGAGGGCCAUGCUAUCUGCAAACAUCCGCCAGAACCUGCAGAUCUGUGUCCAGGUCGCCUCCAAGUACCAUGAGCAGCUCACUACUCAGUCCCUCACUGAACUUUUUGAGUCGUUCAAGAGCUUUGAAGGUUUGUUCUACUUCUUGGGUUCCAUUGUGAACUUCAGCCAGGAUCCAGAGGUCCACUUCAAAUAUAUCCAGGCUGCCUGCAAGACAGGCCAGAUCAAAGAGGUGGAGAGAAUCUGCAGAGAGAGUAACUGCUACGACCCUGAACGUGUGAAGAACUUCCUCAAGGAAGCCAAGCUGACUGACCAGCUGCCUUUGAUCAUUGUGUGUGACCGCUUUGAUUUUGUCCACGAUCUGGUCCUGUACCUGUACCGCAACAGCCUGCAGAAAUACAUUGAGAUCUACGUGCAGAAGGUGAACCCAAGCCGUCUGCCGGUGGUCAUUGGAGGGUUACUGGAUGUAGAUUGUGCUGAGGAUGUGAUUAAGAACCUGAUUUUGGUGGUUAGAGGGCAGUUCUCCACAGACGAACUGGUGGCUGAAGUGGAGAAAAGAAAUCGACUGAAGCUGCUGCUGCCUUGGUUAGAGGCUCGUAUUCAUGAAGGUUGUGAGGAGCCUGCUACCCACAAUGCCCUGGCCAAGAUCUACAUUGACAGCAACAACAACCCUGAGCGCUUCCUGAGGGAGAACCCCUACUACGACAGCCGCGUGGUCGGCAAGUACUGUGAGAAAAGAGACCCCCACCUGGCCUGUGUGGCCUAUGAAAGAGGACAGUGUGACCAGGAACUGAUUCAUGUGUGCAAUGAGAACUCGCUGUUCAAGAGUCUGUCCCGCUACCUUGUAAAGCGCAAGAACCCUGAGCUGUGGGCGAGCGUGCUGCUGGAGACCAACAAUUACAGAAGACCACUCAUCGACCAGGUUGUCCAGACAGCCUUGUCUGAGACCCAGGAUCCAGAGGAGGUGUCCGUCACAGUCAAGGCCUUUAUGACCGCGGACCUUCCCAAUGAGCUCAUCGAGCUUCUGGAGAAGAUUGUCCUGGAUAACUCUGUCUUUAGCGAGCACAGAAACCUCCAGAAUCUGCUCAUCCUGACAGCUAUUAAAGCUGACCGGACACGUGUUAUGGAGUACAUCAACCGUCUGGACAACUAUGAUGCCCCAGACAUUGCGAACAUCGCCAUCAGUAAUGAGCUGUUUGAGGAGGCCUUUGCUAUUUUUAGAAAAUUUGAUGUCAACACCUCUGCUGUGCAGGUUCUGAUUGAGCACAUUGGUAACCUGGACAGAGCUUAUGAGUUUGCUGAGCGCUGCAAUGAGCCACCAGUGUGGAGUCAGCUGGCAAAGGCCCAGCUUCAGAAGGGCCUGGUCAAAGAAGCCAUUGACUCUUACAUUAAGGCGGAUGACCCUUCUGCUUACAUGGAGGUGGGACAAGCUGCAGCCCAAAGCGGGAACUGGGAGGACCUGGUCAAGUUUCUGCAGAUGGCCCGUAAGAAGGCCCGCGAGUCAUACGUUGAAACAGAGUUGAUCUUUGCCCUGGCCAAGACCAACCGCCUCGCUGAGCUGGAAGAGUUCAUUAACGGACCCAAUAAUGCUCACAUUCAGCAAGUGGGUGACCGUUGUUAUGACGACAAGAUGUAUGAGGCAGCCAAACUGCUCUACAACAAUGUGUCCAACUUUGGCCGUCUGGCCUCCACUCUGGUGCACCUGGGAGAGUAUCAGGCAGCUGUGGACGGAGCUCGCAAGGCCAACAGCACCCGCACCUGGAAGGAGGUGUGUUUUGCGUGUGUAGAUGGGAAAGAGUUCCGUCUUGCCCAAAUGUGUGGCCUGCAUAUUGUCGUCCACGCCGAUGAACUGGAGGAACUCAUCAACUACUACCAGGACCGCGGUUACUUUGAGGAGCUGAUCACCAUGCUGGAGGCUGCCCUUGGACUGGAGCGUGCUCACAUGGGUAUGUUCACUGAGCUGGCCAUCCUCUACUCCAAAUUCAAACCCCAGAAGAUGAGGGAGCACCUGGAGCUCUUCUGGUCCCGUGUCAACAUUCCAAAGGUUCUCAGGGCAGCAGAGCAGGCCCACCUCUGGGGGGAGCUGGUGUUCCUCUACGACAAGUACGAGGAGUACGACAACGCCAUCAUCACUAUGAUGAACCACCCAUCCAAUGCUUGGAAGGAGGGCCAGUUCAAGGACAUUGUCACCAAGGUGGCCAAUGUGGAGUUGUACUACAAGGCCGUCCAGUUUUAUCUGGAGUUCAAACCAUUGUUGCUGAACGACCUGCUCAUCGUCCUCUCUCCAAGACUGGACCACUCACGCGCUGUCAACUUCUUCAGCAAGGUGAAACAGCUGCCUCUGGUUAAACCUUACCUAAGGUCUGUCCAGAAUCACAACAACAAGUCAGUAAAUGAGGCACUCAACAACCUCUUCAUCAUUGAGGAAGACUAUGCGGCAUUACGUGCUUCCAUCGAUGCCUAUGACAACUUUGACAAUAUCACGCUGGCCCAGGGCCUGGAGAAGCAUGAGUUGAUUGAGUUUAGGAGGAUCGCAGCCUACCUUUUCAAGGGCAACAACCGCUGGAAACAAAGUGUGGAGCUCUGCAAGAAGGACAAGCUCUACAAGGAUGCCAUGCAGUACGCAUCAGAGUCCAAAGACAUCGAGCUGGCAGAGGAGCUCCUGGCUUGGUUCCUGAAUGAGGACAAGAAGGAAUGUUUUGCAGCCUGCCUAUUCACCUGCUACGACCUGCUGCGGCCCGACGUGGUGCUAGAGACUGCCUGGCGACAUAACAUCAUGGACUUCUCCAUGCCAUACUUCAUCCAGGUCAUGAGGGAGUAUCUCUCUAAGGUUGAUGCGAUAAAGGAAAAGGUGAAAGUCGAAUCCAUUUUCUAAUCAUUCUUUUUGACCCCUCUCCCAUACCCUGUAGCCUGUAGUUUGGAGGAGUGAAAUUAGCAGAAACCGCAUGACCCCUCUCCCCCCAUGUCACUCCGCUGCUUCUGAUUGUAAACUCCACAUCUCCACUAGACCACCUACCAACCCACGAGACUCCAGAGCGGGGCUCUUCACACCCAUCCCUCAGGGUCCCUUUGCUAGAUUUGCUGUCGUCAGUGAUGGCUCUGGAUCAAACCAUUAUUUAAUUAGACCCGCACAAAACACAUAGCAAGAGGAGGUGUGAAAAUCUAGUUCUUUUAUGUGUUUAAGAUGUGACAGUUCUAUUCCUUACUUGACAUUACAUCUAAUUAUUAAUAAGUGCUGAUAAUAUUCACCUACUGAGAAAUUGAACAGAGAUCACUGUAAAUAUUUGGUUUUUGUUAAAGUGGUGACAUUUUGCUGUCAGGUCGCCAGACUUGCUCAGGCAUGUCAAUACAGUAACCAUUAGCUUUGAUCCUAAUUUAAGCAGGGUCUAUAUUUAUAUACUUUUUAAUUUGCAGGAUUACAGUUACAGACACAAUAUACUUGUACUUUGCUAACAGCAGUUGAACACUGAAGUUUUGCUGAUGAGGCCGUUGCUAAUUGUUCUUGUUCCAAGCCUCACCUCAAACCUGGAACAGUUUUUUGUCAGCAGGAAACACACAGUAAACACAACCCUGACAUUUUAAGUUGGUACGGCGAACUAGAGCUUGGUCGCUGAAAACGGCUGCCAACGACACUAUGAGAGCAGUGAGCGUAAACGAGAACGAUAAGUUACGGGCCAAAAAACCAAAACCAUGAGCUGAAAGAUGCUAUAAAAACCCACAGAGCCGAGGGGAACAGCCAGGUCCAGUGAUAAUCGUCUGUGCCCCAUCACAGCCUUUCUCCUCAAACACACUGAGCCAUCCACUUAAGCCUGCAUGCCCAUCAGCUCUCCUUAGGCAUGGGUGAAGAGCGCCACUCUGGAUAGCAAACUCACCUGCUGUGGUCAGGUCCUUUUCUCACCAGACUUGUAGAUUAAUGCGAAUGUUGGUCUGUCUUGUAACACCACUCAGCUGCCGUCUGCUGCUCUCCAUCAUACUGACUUAGUUCAGGACCCUUUCAGGAAUAGUAUGUUUUUGUAGACAUUGUAAAGGGAUUUUUAAGACAUUAUCACUUUAAUAAUUCUUGAUUUACAUCCUUAUGUUGAGAGGGGUGAGUGCAUAUUUAUAACUGUAUUUGGACAGUGGUGUAGUAGCAUAGAGCGGAGCUAGGUGUAAGACCUGAUUUCGGUAAUAAAAGAGCCAGUAGAGUGCCAUUAUUUUCAUUUUAAGUGACCAUUCUUACAGAGCCUUUCUAUUAUUUUUCUCCAUGUUUGUUUGUACUGAAUUCAUCUCAACGCCAUAGAAGAACACAGACGAUUAAAAACCAUAAACAUUAGGACAGGCAUUUUGAGAGGGGUAUUUUUCUACAGUAUAGGUCUCUUGAGGAGUAUUUGCUACUGUAAAGUGUGGUCUCUUUAAGCAACAAACGGCUUGAGUUUAUGAGAGCAAAUAAUCUGUUUGGGUGUGUUCUUUGUAGAGCGACAAGCAUGCAUUACCCCCCUCCAUUGGUAGCAUCAGCAGCACUCAGGCCAGGCUAUGAGACAUCGUUGGCUGUGCCUGCUUCUGGAAACCUUGAACUGGCUGUACAAAUCCAUCCCCUCCACCCUCUUUCACACUACCUCCACUUUCUGCUUCUCUGUCUUUCUCUCUCAUGCACUCUUCAAGAAGAAAAUAACUCAACUGCCGCUUCAGCAUGUCUGUCAACCCUUCUCUUCUGAAACGAAACAAGAGCCUGUCUUUUCUCAAAACAGCCUGCUUAACUAGGCUGACUGACUGUAGUCGUAAGAAACCAGAUAGUAUGUAGAGAACUGAACCCAAAACCACUGUAAGAGGAAAGCUAUCCUAUUGCAUUGUCCUUAACUGAUUUCUUUAGUAUUUAAGCUGCACACUG